AUGUUUAUCAUCACAACGAAUGACAUUCAACAACAGAUUGCGGCAAAGGGACCAAUGAAUAUCGACAUAGAAGUUUCUGUUAGUCCUGUCGACGUUGAAAAGAACACUAUAGCCGAUGUAACUUAUAGUUAUUCCGUACAUAAAGAUUCAAUGGUAGAGUCUGUUAUUGGCACGACAGAGGAUCCGGAAACAUACUCAUGGAUUGGUAUGGGAUGGUCCAAAUGUAGCAAGACAUGCGAAGGAGGCUGGACGUUUUACCGAUACCAAUGUCUUCGUGAUUCUGACCGAAAGAAAGUGGACAAGUCACAUUGUGGUCAAAAAGAUUUUAAUCAAAAUGAUUACAGAUCGAGAUGCAAUCAAAGAAGGUGCCCAUUACCAGAGUUCGACUGGACCAUAGGUUCAUGGGGGGCUUGUUCAAAAACAUGUGGUUUACACGGUAUACAAGUGCGCAAAAUCUCAUGCAUGAAGUCAUUCAAAGGCCGAACCACAAAAACUAAGAAGUCCCUCUGUCGAGGACGAAGGCCCCAGAAGAAAAGGUCGUGUUCGGGACUAACUAAAUGCAGUGCUAAAUGGGAAACCACACCUUGGUCCGAAUGCUCUGUUACAUGUGGCCGUGGGACAAGAACAAGGGACGUGUACUGCGAUCUGCCUACUAAAUACCCUGAUUCGUAUAUUUGUCGAGAUAGCAGACCGCUUCAAUACCAGGAUUGUUCAAUGCGGGAUUGUAGGGAAGAAGUCCCAGAAACUAAAACUCGUCGAACUCAAGGAUGUAAACCAUUAUCACGUGGCCCCUGUGAACCUUCGAUGUACCAGACGUUCUGUACCUUACCUGGAUAUGAACAGAUAUGCUGCACAACAUGCGAUCAGCAACGACGUCUGGUCCAAAACGAACUUGCAGGACGAGGUUAAUUGUUUACUUUCGUCAAACAUUAUAUGCGUAACUCUUACGUAAUUAAUUUAUAUUGUUAACUAUAAAGACACUUAACAGCGCAGAACUUCUUUUGAUGUACAUCAUCCAGUAUAAUAAUAACAAAUAUAUCAACAUCUUCUGUAUUCAUUUUAAAGCUUUUUAAAAUACGUUAUAUUUUGUCUUUUACUUUACUUCAUUCAAAUUCAAACAUAAUAAAACUUUACUCAUGUCUUCAUAAAAGUAAAUAAAUUAUACAUUAUACUUUUAAUUAACUUUUAAAUUAUUGCAAUAGAUCAAAAGUCGUUAAAGUUAAAAAAAAAAGGUUCCAAUAGAAACCGAUUGUAAAUUCAGUUAUCAAAAUACUUCAAAUUAUUAAACGUAUGUAGCAUGGUUAACCUCAAAAGCUUGUUUCUAGACGGCUCAUAAUACGUUGGUCUAUAUACUGUCUUCAAUUCAAGUUGGUUUGGUACUAUCAUUAAAGGUGGCUGAUUUAUACCUUAUUUGUCAUAUUAUACUGUUGUGUUCGGACUCAAGAAAACAAUGCUAAUUGUCGCUGAUCUCACUGUACACAUUUGAGGACUUCAAGAAGCUAAUAGGCUAAUCAGUAGUAUCAAAAUAUUUAUAUCGUUUUUAUAUAUACUAACUAUAAAAUAAACAAGUUGUUUACAAACAUUACACAAACUAUGUAUGAAAUGACAAGAGAUGUGCCUAUCAAUUGUUUUAUUGUGUUUCUAACAAUGAAAGUAAAACUUUCAUUGUAAAACAAAACAGUAAAAUGCAUACUUAUUCAGUAUCACUGUACCGUACACUAUUGUUGACUUUAUUAAUGUAUCAAUAAAUAAGCAUUGCCACGUUAAUAACAAA